AGCGCAGCGCCGCGCCGCAGUUCCGCUGAGUCGACGCAGACUGCUGUGGAGAUGGACACCAACAACAUCGAUGUGGUGCGCGCCAUCGUCAAGGCCGCGCGACCCUCCGACGCGAAGCGGGCGCCGCCGCGGCGCCCGCAAAAGCCGCCGCCGGCGCUCCAGCGCGCCGCGGCCUUGGUGCAGGGCGUGGACGCGUGCGAAACCGCUCUGAAACGCUGCGCGCGCGCUUAUGCGAUGCCCGAUGACGACUCAGCGAUGACGGAUGCCGCCAGGGACGCCGUCGACGCGCGCGUCCGGGCGCUCUUGCGGGAAUGCCAAGCUGCUUUGGACGAACCGUCGGCGGACAGCGGGAAACCGGGUUCACGAGAAGCGCACGCCCGGGGCGGCGUCGAGGUCGCGCGGGCGCGCACGGCGGCGCUGGCUGCGUUAUUCCGGGACCUCGAGGUUUUAAGAAGGCGCCGAGAAGCCGCGGCGUCGGCGCCGCUCGCGAUUCGCGCGGCGGUGGACGCCGACGCGGCGCUCCGCACGUCAAACGAGGACGCGGAGCUCCAAGCGAUGCGCGGCCGGCGCAUCGUCGCCGUCGAGCCGCCAAAGCCGAAGCCGAGGCCAGUCGCUGCGAAGCCGGCCGCGACGCCGCGGCCGGCGCCGGCGCCCGCGCGAGUGCCCGCGAACCAAUUGCAACGGGAGCAGGCGCAGCUCGAGGCCGAGUUCGAGAGCCUGUCCGACGCCGCGCGGACCGUCGAAGCCAGGACCGAGGACGUGUCCCGCCUCGCGGCGCAGUUCGCCACCCUCGUCGACGAGCAGCACGACCAGGUCGUGACGCUCGACGGCCUCGUGGGCGACACGGCGAACCAGGUCGACAAGGCCGGCGACCACGUCGCCCAGGCGGCGUCGCGCCGGGCGACGCUGCCGCGCGUCUUCAACGCCGUCGUGUUAACGUUGGCGGCGCUGCUGCUGCUGAUCCAUGCGGUGCACUCGUAA